GACAUGCAUUUGCAGGUUAAAAAAAAUUCAAUAUCUUCAGAGACACUAGAGGUGGUUCAGCUCGGAUGUUGUAGAGAGACUUCCUGGGAUCACACAAGGAAACCUCUGUGUUCUGCUUACAACAGUCUUCCUUGUUCCUAAUAAAGACUUUGAAGAAUGCAUCUGGUGUGUGCAUUGGGUCUCUUUCUGGCCCUGCUGAAUCUGUCCUCCUCUCUGCUGCUGGGAGCCUUCAAUAUCAAGUCCUAUGGAGACAAGAAGGCCUCCAACACAACUCUGAUGAACCUCAUCAGCACGAUUGUUCACCGCUAUGACAUCAUUCUGAUCCAAGAGGUCAGAGACAACGAUUUGUCAGCCACCACAAAACUCAUGGAGCAUGUGAAUAAAGGUUCUCCUCAGUUCAGGUACAGUCACAUCGUGAGUGAGCCUCUGGGCCGCAGCACCUAUAAGGAGCGAUAUCUCUUCCUCUACAGAGAGCAGAUAGUGUCUGUGGUUAAAAGCUACACCUUUGAUGACGGCUGUGAGCCUUGUGGGACGGACACCUUCAUCAGAGAACCUUUCGUCGUCAUGUUUUCCUCCAACACGACAACUGUGAGGAACUUUGUUCUGGUCCCCCAGCACACCUCUCCAGAUUUCGCUUUGGAGGAGACUGAUGCUCUGUAUGAUGUAGUGUCUGAUGUCCGCACCCGCUGGAACACCAAUGACAUCGUGCUGCUGGGUGACUUCAACACAGGCUGCAAUUAUGUGUCAGGCUCCGACUGGCAGCAGAUCCGCCUCUUCACUGACAAGGGUUUCCACUGGUUGAUAUCUGAUGAGGCUGAUACUACAGUGUCACACACUCACUGCCCUUAUGACAGGAUUGUGGUUACUGCUGACAUGAUGAAGGGAGUGGUGCAUGGCAGUGCGGAUGUCUACGACUUCAUGGUUGACUUGAAUCUCGAUCACAGUUUGGCAUAUGCUGUCAGUGACCAUUUCCCUGUGGAAGUGAAGCUGGCUCCUUUAGCCUGAGUCCUGAAUCCAACAACCCUUCCACAAGCCUCCAGACUGAAUCUAAAAA